AUGGCGGAUCCAACAUAUACAAUAUGGGUGCGGGUGCCUAUCCCGAGAGGCGAUUUCGUUGAUCCCCCACAGGUUAGUUGGGAUUCUGGAAAGGAUGAAGCGCUGUGGAAGAUACUAUCUGGCGCCGCGCAGACGGAAAUUGAUUGUAGCGCCGAGAGUUUCGAUGUCCCCGUAGACUUUCUCUUGCGACAGGUUGCUUAUAUUACCGAGCGACAUGCCUCCCAAGUACGUGCUCAGGUCCGUAAGGCGACAGCGGCAGCUAAAGUCGGAUCGAGUGCGCCAUCACCGGUUCCUGGCUCCGAAUCAGCUGGCUUUCGAUCAUUACGGCGAAACUCCCUGACGGCCCGAGCUGGCGGCAGCGGAGCUGGUACACCCCUCAACGCAUCGAUACGGCCGAUCAUAUCUCGAAACCCAUCAACUAGCACCGCCGUCCUUAGAGAUGCAGGUGGCUCAUCAUCGCCCAGGCUAGGGAAGCCCAAUCAUUUGGGUAGGCCUGCCGAACAAAGCGGGAGGAGGAGGCUCUCUUCGUUGCCCAUCACAUCAACACCCGACCCCGACCCCGACCCCGAAAGCCCGCCAUCCCCUGGCCCAGCUGAAUCCGAUUCCACAUUGACAUCGGACGAUGAAUCCAGUCCAGCGCAGUCCCGGAUCAUCCGUCGACCGCCUCGCUUCCAGCAGCAGGAUAAUUCAACCGACUAUGCUGAUGACGAGGAAGAGGAGUCAGAACCUGCAUUCCAGCCAUGGCCAAGUUCGAACAAAAACCAGACCUCAGCUCAAGAUCUGACAUCUACACUUCGGGGCGAUAACAGAGAAAAAUUCAAACGAACGCCUAAGAGUUUGGGGAAGAAGCCACUUCAUCAUUCACCUUCACAAACAUCCGAUUCAGAUGCUGGCUCGGCAGCAACGGGGGGUGGGAUGGAAAAAUCACUCGAACAAGGGAAGCCAAGUCCUCUUUCGCCUCGGAGAACCGCUGAGUUGGCAGGAAGAAGCCCUGGUAGUAAAGGGUACUCCAGAGAUGGCAGCGAUGGCACUCCUAGCAUGGGUAGCAGCUUUAGUGAUCUUGACGAUGCAUCUGUCACGCAGUCUGCGCUUGAGGAGGCAUUGGCUAGUCACAUGAAUCGCGGAGCUGGGAGCCGCUUCAGCAUCAGUCAGGCAUUCCGAAGCCGGUAUACUCCCACCUCGAUCAUCAUGUUUCGCCGUCUCCCUUCCGCUUUGCCAAAGGACGCCGACUUCCCUGCAGAUUUGGAGAAACUCGGGUUUGUCUCCUCAUCCACUGCCCUUCGCGCUCCAUAUCCACUGACUGGGCAAUUCACGAACAGGUAUUAUGUUAAUGAUGGUGAUGAGAUUCGAUCCAUCGAGGAUCCGGACUACUAUUUCAAGUACUUCCUGAGCAAGAAUGAUCGAGUUAACCAGCGCCAGCGAUUUUCUUUCAACCAAGCCCUUGAGAACAUAAUACAUGAGCGCCUCACCGAGAGGGGCCUUGAGAAGAUCCGACUCCCCCUUGGCACCCCACCUUCGAAGCCUCAUGUGCCUAUCUUCGUCGACGCCGACCUCAAGUCGAAGAAGCGCGUCAUCGUCAUAUUCGGACAGAUGUCGCAGGACCUGGGCGUCCUCGCCGGCCGCAUCGCCAACGGCGCGGGGGGGAUCAACACAGGCAGCAUGGUCUCCGUGGUUGACACCGCGCGGGCUGAGACAUCGCCCGGCGAGGAGGCACCCGGGCUCGUCCUGGCGAACAUGGGACAGCGGCGCUGGUGGCCAGAGGGGCAGCGGGCUGUCACCUCGACCGGGUGGCUGGCCACUCCGCUCCCGAGCCUGGUGCACGCGGGCAGGAGGCAUGUGCCGGAGGUGAAUGACAUCCCGGGCAACGAGACCGGGCAGGACCACGUCCGCUGCGUUUUCGACGAGGUCCUGACCCAGAUGGUCGAUAAGGACGCCGUGAUCGACAUCAUCACGAUCGAUGCCAUGACAAGUGAGGAGGUCGAGAAGUUUCUCGACAAGAAUUGGGGAGUUUGGGGACACAGGCUUAGCUCCAUGGCUUUUCUUGAGACUCUUUAUUCUGUCUACCAGCUGACUUCUCAGCCCUUCAAGGACUUCUUGGCGAAGCGUUGCCGCAGCUACAUCGUCUCUGAACAGCCCUUCGACACCCCGAUUGCGCCCCCAGAGGGGAUUGAACACCGCGGCCUUCAACCGUACGGCAUGCCGGUCUAUUCCUCCUCGGAGCCAAACCACGUCGAGUGCAUCCUCAUCACCGCACUCAAACCCAUCAUGUCCUUCCUCCACCGCUACGCCAUGAGUCCAGAUGCUGAGAACGAACGGGUGAUAAUCAAGGCGGAGGAGACUGAGGUGGAGCAGGCAAGUUUGGAGGAGAUUGAAAAGUCGUGGGCUGCCGCGGAAGACGACGCUAAGCCCAUGGUUGCCAUUCUCAAUCAAGACUACCUGAAGUCCGAGGUGAAGGCGGCCAAUGCCUGGAGACGCUUCCAGGAGACUGGUGAGGCAUCAAUCUUUGAGGAGGAGAACAAAGAGGGCAGCAGGGUGGAACCAACUGGCACAUGCUGA